GAGAUCAACGCAAUGAAAAAGCAGACACUCCCUCCAGGAGUCACAUUGUUAUCCAUCACAUCUAUUUUUCCAGGACAUGUCGAUGUGAGCAGUGUGCACAUAUUGGCAUAUGAUAAUAUUUUGGAAAAAGCCUUCUGAUAGCUGUCUAAUUUUUUAGGGUGGAUAUCAGUUUGUUGACCAACUGCUGGAGAAACAAGCGUCGCCAUGGAAACUAUUUUGCUCUUCCUCUCUUCACUCCUGGUGUGUGUGGCUGCUUUAUCAGAGAUCAGUGAGCAGCAUGACAAGGGGACAGUUGAAAACCCAUUUGUUUAUGACUAUGAGAGCCUGAGGAUUGGGGGAUUGGCGUUUGCCGUGGUGUUGUUCACACUGGGCAUUCUUCUCAUCCUUAGUCGACGAUGCCGCUGCAGUAUCAACCAGAAGCCCAGGGCCCCCAGAGACGAGGAGGUACAGGAGGAGAACCUGAUCGUCUCCAAGGCUGCAGCGGCUGCCAAAGAGACUCCAGCGGAGAACUGAAGCAACUCCACCGGACUGAGCUGCCUUCUGAAAUGACCAUGGGUGAUUAUUAUAAGUGGUUCUAUGGAAGGGUAACAGGGAAGUUAUAUGUUAAGAAGGGUAAUAUGUACUGUAUAUAAAAUGUUUAGCCUCUGAGACAAAACCUUCCGCCCAUUGUGCUCCAUUGUGACCGUGCCAGUCCCUCAGUGCUCUUGUCCGUUCCUGUGCCUUUCUGUGACAGUCUCUCACUCCGGUUCUUUGUCUUAGCCAGUAGCACCUUCGACACCAGAUUGUCUUUGAAGACUGAGAAGAGGUUUUAAUGUUCUGUGGUCUGCUGUUCUUUGUUUUGUAUUUAUCUAUUGCCUUUAGGUUUUAGAAUACGUCAAUAUGUUGUUUAUUUUGUCAACUGUCCUGGAUAAUGUUUGUCAUAUUUGGAUUAUAACAUGUAUGCAUAUAUACUGUAUACAUAUAUAAGUAUAUAUAUAAAAAUAUCCUUAAUUUAGGUCUACCAUUGAAUGGUUGGUUUGCGUGCACAUGUGGGUAUAUAGUGUGUAUGUCCUGUAUGUAUAUAUAUAUAUAUAUAUAUAUAUAUAUAU